GCGGACUCGUUUCAGGCGAGAUCUGCAGAGAAGCCACGAUGUUCGCCCCGGCUGCGUGGUUACCGGUUUAGUGAGGGGCUAGCAAUAAGCGACACUGACCUGGCUAUGUUCUGCGCUCCUUCCUGCGAUUCAAAACUGCGUGGUUGUCUGACAGAAAAUACGGUUGUUCUGGGAAGCUGCGAAGGACACAGAAGGCAAAAAAGCGCCGCUACUGGGACUCGACCAGAUCUCGCCGAAGGUAGCGGCGCGUCCUACCAUUGCACUACACCGGUGAUUGUUGGUGUAGUGCUAUCCUUCUUAACCUAUACCGUGGCAGGCGUACGAUUUCAUGCAACCAUGAGAAGAAAAGGAAGCCUGCCAGGCACUGGAAAAGAAAUUCAGGGGGUUCUCUAACAUGAACCUCUGGAGUUAACAUGUUUUCCGAUUACCCGUACCCCCCAGGUGUCGAUCAAGUAGAAAGCCAGUAGUAGGCGUGCUGAUAAAAGCGACGGCGGAAGUAGAGAAAAGGAGAUUGCCAAGGCUGGGAUUCGAACGGAUCACC